CGUAUAAAGAAACCGGCUCCGGAAGCCGGGAAGGAAAGGAAUCCCAUCUCGAAGCGAACUCCGCUUCUUUUUACCACCUAAAUUAAAAAGAGAAAAGAGUCCCGGAGGAACGCACGACGAAACCCUGAAAACCCUAACCCUUAUCCCGCCUUUCUCUCUCCCGGAAUCUCGUACACCUUACCUAUUCGAAAUCUCUGCGGGGAAUUCAAGAAGAGGGCGUCUAUGCUCGCUGUUCGAUCGGAGAGGGUGUGUAUAGUUUCUUGAUUGAUCCCUGAUGAGGCCCAUCAGGCUCCCGGAGCCGCCCAGCGGCUCCAUCGGCAUGCCGGAGAUCUUCGAAGGCGGGGUAAAUGUCAUCAGACGGGCGGUUGUGAUCGGGAACGGGUUUGCUGGCUCGGAGAAUCAGAGUAUUGGAUUGGUUCGUGCGCUCGGCCUGUCCGAGAAGCAGACUAUAUAUCGUGUUACCAGACCUAGAGGAGGAAUUAAUGAGUGGCUUCGGUGGCUUCCUGUCUCUUUCCACAAAAUGCUAGACAGUGUAAUCAGACAGAUAUUUGGCAAUUCAAGAUUUGUGAUGACGCUCCAAGGAAAGAAAUUGGUGCCAUUUUCCACUCAAAAUGGUGGGAAUGUUGGCUUAGCAGCUGUUUUAGAAGCUGAUGCCAAAAGGAUUGCAGCUAUGGCACGUGAAACCUUUGAGAAGGAAGGCCCUCUGUUAGUGGUUGCUUCUGGUCGGGAUACUGUCUCGCUAGCCAGUUCAAUAAAACGAUUAGCACCAGAAAAAGUUUUUCUUAUUCAGAUUCAACAUCCAAGAUCAUGUCUUGACAGGUUCGACUUAGUAGUAACUCCUCGUCAUGAUUACUAUGCGUUGACCCCAAGUGGACAACAAGAGAUCCCCCGGUUUUUGCAACGGUGGAUAACUCCACGAGAACCACCUGGUAGAAAUGUGGUCCUUACUGUGGGAGCAUUACAUCAGGUUGAUUCUGUUUCCCUUCGCAUUGCCGCUACUGCUUGGCACGAUGAGUUAGCUCCUCUUCCAAAGCCCUUGCUCGUAGUUAACAUAGGAGGGCCUACAAGGCAUUGUCGAUAUGGUCCAGAUGUUGCUGAACAGUUGGUGAGUUCUCUGUAUAAUGUGCUAGCAAGCUGUGGAAGUGUCAGAGUUUCUUUCUCUAGGAGGACUCCUCAAAAGGUGUCUGACAUUAUAUUAAGAGAACUUGGGGAUCAUCCUAAGAUCUAUAUCUGGGAUGGUGAAGGACCGAAUCCACAUAUGGGGCAUCUAGCAUGGGCAGAUGCGUUCGUCAUUACCGCAGAUUCAAUUAGCAUGUUGAGUGAGGCUUGCAGCACAGGGAAACCUGUUUACGUGGUUGGAAGUGAGCAUAGUAAAUGGAAAUUCUCAGCCUUUCACAAGGCCCUGCGUGAGCGGGGGUUGGUGCGUCCAUUCACUGGCUUAGAGGAUAUUUCAAACAGCUGGAGCUACCCUCCACUCAAUGAUGCUGCUGAAGUCGCUGGGCGCGUCCGUGAAGUGCUUGCAGAGCGAGGCUGGACGUUGCAACGUUAGCGUGCUUUGUUCUUUUGGUCCCUUAUGCGUCAGCUGGUCCCAAUUACACUCAAAAUUAUAUUCAGCAUUUUUUUUUUUUAAAGAUAGAAGGUUUUCAAGAGAAAUAAAAAAAUGGCAGCAGCCCGGAUUGUAAAAUAUGAAAAAAAAACACUACCUAUUCCAGUUUUGAUCAAAUACAUGUUCUUAUGUCAAUUGGUGCAAUUUUUCACUUCAUACACCGAACUAUUUCGUAGCAAGUUGAAUGUUUGACAUGAAGGCGUUAUUUCUUUAUCUUCAGUAA